AUGGCAUGUCGCCUCCCAGGAGGCAUCCACUGUCCACAGCAGUUAUGGGACUUCUUGCUUGCCAAACGCGAUGCUCGUGCAGGUGUUCCUGACAGUCGCUACAAGUCGUCCUCGCACUACUCGGCAAAUGGCAAGCCGGGAACCAUCAAUUCGGAGUACGGCUAUUUCCUCGAUGAAAACGUAAAGCUUGAGAGUCUGGACACAUCCUUCUUCAGCAUCUCAAAAACAGAGCUCGAGCGGACUGACCCACAACAGCGGCAGUUACUUGAGGUAGCGCGAGAAUGUAUCGACGAUGCCUGCGAGCUCAACUGGAGAGGAAGCAACACUGGUGUUUACGCAGGAAACUUUGGUGAGGACUGGUGCGAGAUGUUUGCGAAGGACUCUCAACAGUAUGGCGGAUACCGCCUCACGGGUACCAGCGACAUGGCACUCUCAAACCGCGUGUCCUAUGAAAUGGACCUUCGAGGCCCCAGUUUGACUAUCCGGACAGGAUGCUCAGCGUCACUUGUCUGUCUGAACGAGGCAUGCGCAGCUAUUUCGAAGGGCGACUGCAAUGCUGCCAUUGUUGGUGGCACCAACCUUAUCUUGGCCCCGGGCCUCACAGCCACGGCGUCUGAGCAAGGCAUACUUUCUCCCAACGCCUCAUGCAAAACCUUCUCAGCUGAUGCUGACGGGUAUGCGCGAGCUGAAGGAAUUGUUGCUGUCUACAUUAAGACCCUGAAGGCUGCAUUACGGGACGGCAAUCCAGUCAGGGCAAUUAUUCGAGGAAUAGCAACUAACUGUGAUGGAAAGACGCCCGGCAUGACAAAUCCAAGUUCUGAUUCUCAAGAGGCUUUGAUGAGGAGGACUUAUAGCCACGCCGGCAUUACGGACCUUGCGCAAACAGCAUUCAUUGAAUGUCACGGCACUGGAACCCCGGCCGGUGAUCCUAUUGAGGCCGCCGCCGUAGCUCGAGUCUUCGGAGAGUCUGGCAUUUACAUCGGAUCUAUCAAACCAAAUCUAGGCCACUCAGAGGGAGCGUCUGGUCUGGCAUCCUUGAUAAAGUGCGUCCUCGCUCUCGAGAACCGUACUAUCCCACCCAACAUCAAAUUCUCGAAACCCAACCCAAAAAUUCCGUUUGAAUCUGGAAGACUUGUGGUUCCUGUAGAACCAGUCACUUGGCCCAAAGCAUGCGUUGAGAGAGCCAGCAUCAAUUCAUUUGGUUUUGGAGGCUCGAACGCGCACGUAAUCAUUGAUUCUGCAUCUAGCGUCAUGUUCCCAAAGCCUCCCCAAGAGAAGUGCCUAGACAAGAGAAUUACCAAGCCUCACUUGCUCCUCUAUUCGGCAAAUUCUCUCGAAUCCUUGACGCAAAUAAUGGAAACCUACAACUCUUACGUGCAUUCGAACCCAGAAAAGACAGUAGAUCUUGCGUAUACCCUAGCGAACGGGCGGGAGCACAUGCCACACCGCACUUUCAUGAUCGUUAGCAGUGAUGGGGCAGCAACAACGUCUCCUCCAACAAAAAUUGGCUCUACUACUGUUAACUUGGUGAUGGCAUUUACUGGCCAGGGCGCCCAAUGGCCGCAGAUGGGUCGUGACCUGUUGCAGUGGAAUGCUACUUUCAGAGACAGCAUCAGAUCCAUGGAUCAGUUCCUAGGCAACCUCGAGGAUUCUGCUCCACAAUGGAGCUUGGAAGCAGAGCUAUGCAAAUCUCCCAAAUCGAGUAGGCUAUGUGAGGCAGAAAUUGCCCAACCGACCCUUACAGCCAUUCAAAUAGCUCUAGUCGAAACUUUGGCUUCAUUCGGAAUCAGACCAACAGCUGUUGUCGGCCAUUCUGGCGGUGAGGUGGCAGCAGCUUAUGCCGCAGGUGCUCUCACAGCCAAUGAGGCAAUCAUGGUCUCCUUGAACCGUGGGUUUGCAAUCAAGAGCCAGACAAAAAAGGGUGCAAUGGCUGCCAUCGGGAUGGGUUGGAAGGACACUUUGAGUUAUUUACUUCCCAAUGUCAACAUUGCCUGCGAAAACUCCCCAUCAAGCGUCACAAUAUCAGGAGAUGCGGACCAAGUUAAGUUCGUGGUUGAAAAUAUUCGGGCCACGCAGCAAAACGUGCUCACGAAAGUUUUGAACGUCGAUAAGGCUUAUCAUUCUCCCCAUAUGGCCGAAGUUGGAGAAAGCUAUCUUCAUUUACUCGAGGGGCUUGUCUUGCCACGGCGGCUGCAGAAGCCUUUCUUCUCUUCUGUCACUGGAAAGCUUUUCAACGAAGGGGAAACGCUUCAUCUAAAAUACUGGCAGCAGAAUCUCGAAUCUCCAGUAUUGUUCAAUUCUGCAGUCACCUGUCUUUUGCGACACCCCCUUGGACAAAAUGCGAUUUUCCUAGAGGUUGGCCCGCACUCGGCUCUUGGUGGGCCGUUGAGGCAGAUACUUGCACAAAACUCGAGUGCGGCACCGUACGCAUCGCUUAUGCUGCGUCAGCAGAAUUGUGUUGAGUCUUUCCUUUCAGCAAUUGGAAGACUCUGGACGAUGAAUGUCUCAAUGAACCUUCUGGCGCUGGCCCCCGCCGGCCGCUGCCUGCCCAAUCUUCCACCAUAUCCAUGGCACCACCCCAAUAGCUUCUGGCAUGAACCACGGGCAGUUCGCGAAUGGCGUCAUCGUCAGUACGCUUAUCACGACCUCCUCGGAGUUAAGCUUACAGAAAGCACCGAGUUUGAGCCGGUAUGGAGAAACAUUCUUCACUUGGACAAUGCUCCCUGGCUUCGUGACCAUGUUAUCAAUGAUGAUAUUAUCUUUCCAUUUACAGGGUACGUAGGACUGAUUGGGGAGGCGAUUCGACAGACUGUCGGCGCUGAGGAUGGUUUCCGACUUCGCCGUGUUCACGUUAAAACAGCGCUUGUUCUUCAUGAAGGAGAGCCUACAGAGCUGAUAACCACGUUUCGCCGACAGCGUUUAACAACUUCUUUGGAAGGGGACUGGUGGGAGUUCGCAGUGACCUCGCACAAUGGACACUCGUGGACAAGACAUUGCAAUGGGGAAGUGGCAAUGCUGUCCAAAAUCCAGGAGCUGCCUGGGAUCCGGCCCACUCUCCCUCGUAAGCUUGCUUCACAGAAAUGGUACAGUGCAAUGAGUAAAUUGGGGCUGCACUUCGGGCCGCAUUUCCAGUCACUGAAUGAUAUCAGGACUGCAACUACCUGCGAAGCAAUGGCGACAGCAAGAGUCCUCAACAACCGGCAAGGCGACGAGGAUAACUACCACGUUCAUCCAACUGUCAUCGAUUCUGCUUUACAACUGCUAUGCUGCGCAGAAACUUACAGCCUUUCUCGUAAGUAUCGGAUGAUGCUUCCAACCGUUGUCGAGUCAAUGAACAUACAUCGGUGCUCGCGCGAUGUCAAUGUUUCAGUCUCCGCAGCCUCUACCGCAGGCGGUGGCAUUAUUGGGAAGGCAAUGUGUGUGGUAGACGAUACUGUAGUCGUACAUAUGUCAGGCGUCUGUCUUUCACCGCUAGAGGAUGUCAACAACCCCGAUACCAGGGACAGUCAUGCAGCAGCGAGACACACCUGGGCCCCCCAUAUCGACUUCAUGGAUCUGCAAGGCUUGAUCAAACCAACACUAGAUCGAUCAACCUUCACACCAGCUCUGAACGAAUUGACUCAGCUCUGCCUUCUCCGCUCACAAAGAAGCCUCGCCGGGCUGGAAUCAAGUCUGCCUCACAUGAAGAUGUUUUCGGCAUGGAUCGAUCGCCAAUGUGUCAAGUCAGAGCUCGAUGAUGCUUCCAUUGAUCUGCGGAUUGACCAAAUUGUUGGUGAACUCAGUCAAACUCCUGCUGCAUGUGCGGCUUUAGCAAUGCGCAGAAUAUGCACUUCCGUGGCACAGAUAUUCACGGGUGAAGCCAAUGCCAUGGAAAUCCUUCGGGAGGAUGACCUACUGAGCAAGAUGUAUUUCCUGUCGGAGGCUUGUGACAGGUCACUAUUCUUGAAGCACUUAACCCAUAGCAAGCCGAACCUGAGAAUUCUCGAGAUAGGGGCUGGCACAGGCGCGACCAGCAAAACGAUUUUAGCUCAUCUAGCUCUCCCUAACGGGAAGCCCUUAUACUCGCGAUACGCAUUUACGGAUAUUUCGCCUGCAUUUCUUGCUACUGCUAAAGAGACUUUGAUGGGAAUUCCAAAUGUCGACUUCCUUACUUUGGACAUCAGCCGUGAUCCAGCGGAACAAGGUUUUGAUCACCAAAAAUUCGACCUCAUUAUUGCAACAAAUGUUUUACAUGCAACCCCAACUCUUCGAGAAACUUUGGCCAACGUCCGCACGCUCCUCGCCGAUGACGGCCGACUUCUGCUCCAUGAAUUAUGCUCAAUAUCGAAAUGGGUUGAUUACGUCUGGGGCCCAUUUCCUGGGUGGUGGGAUGGUGUUUUGGACGGGAGAGUUGACGAACCAUACGUCACACCCGAAAGGUGGAAUUCAGAGCUCAUUUCAGUAGGUUUCAGACCACUGGAUGCAGUGAUAUUCGACGCCGAGAAGCCAUUCCAGAUGAACGCAAUUAUGAUCGCAUCACCUGAGAGAGCUUACACGCCAGCGAAGAGAUUGACGCUUCUGUGCAGAGACCAGGAUAGUGAUCCUCGCCUGCUAAUGGAACAGUUGGAUUCCAAAGGCUUCGCAGUGUCAAGGUUUAACCUUGGGGAUCGUCUUCCUGUUCAGCAAGAUGUUAUUGCUGCUCUCGAUGAAGCCGAGCCCUUUUUCGCAAAGGUUGACGAAACUACCUUGGAGCAGUUCAAGGACGUGGUUGGCUCUCUGGGAGACUCCAAAAUUAUGUGGCUUACCCGACCCUGCCACAUGCACUGCCGGGAUCCAAGAUACGCUCAAGCUAUUGGUGUCGCGCGGACGAUCCGGUCUGAGAUGCUGCUUGACUUCGCUACCUGCGAGACAACCGACAUUGGCUCAGAUUCCGGGCUAAUAGCAGAUGUUUUCUCCAGGUUUCAAAGUCAAAGAACGGAAGAUAUAUUGGGCCCGGAUUAUGAGUUCGCCAUCUGCAACGGAACUGUCCACGUUGGUCGAUUUUAUCCAUUCUCACUUUCCAAUGCCUUGUUGACCUCGGAUGCAAGCAACGAGCUCAUGCUUACUCUGACCAGAACUGGGAGGCUUGGCACCCUUCAGUGGUCACCAAAGCCUGCUUCGAGAUUAUGCGGGGAUGAUGUCGAAGUGGUUACACAUGCAGUUGGCUUGAACUUCGUAGAUGUAUUGACUAGAAUGGGCGUUGUCAAGCUCUCAAAACCUUCACUGGGCCAUGAAGCGAGUGGUGUAGUCCGUGCUGUCGGACCUGCAGUCAAGGAGUUGUGCGUUGGGGACCGUGUCAUGUUGGCUGGUCGUUCAACUUUCGCAACCUCAAUCGUGGUAUCGGAGGUUCUCUGUUCUAAGAUACCCGAAGAAAUGACUUUUGUUGAGGCCGCGACCAUGCCAGUUGUAUAUGGGACCGCGAUGCAAGCGGUGAUGACAGUUGGACGACUCGAAAAACGACAGUCUAUUCUCAUCCACAGCGGUUGUGGCGGGGUUGGUCUCGCCGCAAUACAGCUUGCACAGAUGCUGGAAGCUGAGAUAUUCGUGACCGUCAGCACGGAAGAAAAGGUAACCUUCCUUAUGGACAAGAUGAAUGUGCCCAGAAACCGGAUCUUCAGUUCAAGAAACACCUCAUUUGUUGACGGAAUUAUGCGGGAAACUAAAGGGCGCGGUGUUGACUUGGCCCUCAAUUCGCUCUCUGGUGAGCUGCUCCAUGAAACCUGGCGCUGCAUCGCCGAGUUUGGCACGAUGGUCGAAAUUGGAAAACGAGACAUCCUUGGUGCUGGAAAGCUCGACAUGGACGUUUUUAUUGCUAACCGCAGCUACUGCUGCGUUGAUCUUGAUCAAAUUGUUGCUCAAAAGCCUUGGGUCAUCAAUAGAUUGUUGGCCUCCAUAAUUGAACUUUUCUCUCAAAGAAAGAUCAAACCCAUAUCCCCAGUUCACCUCUUUGGACCAAACGCGAUACAAGAUGCUUUCACAUUCAUGCAACCCGGAACCCAUAUCGGGAAGGUUAUCGUCGAGUUUCCUCAGCCCUUUCAAGGUACUCUGCAAGGGACUGAGGCCGCACACAGCACAACGCAUGUGGAUUUCGAUAAUUCGGCGUCUUAUCUUCUUAUUGGUGGACUCGGAGGCCUUGGCCGCGCAAUCGCAAUCUGGUUGGCCGAACGCGGUGCCUGCCAUCUGGUCUUCCUCUCCCCAAGUGCAGGAACGCGUCCAAUACACGGGGAGUUGGUCCACGAGCUCGAAAGCAUGGGUUGCACGGUGCAGAUGGUUCGAGGAAGCGUGAGCGAUCCCGCAGAUGUCAAGAAAACGGUCGCAGCGGCCAUCGCCACGGCUCCAGUAAAGGGUGUAUUUCAGAUGUCAAUGGUUCUUCGCGACCAAGCCUUCUCUAGAAUGACGCUUGGUGAAUGGAAUGGAGCCACUUGGCCAAAGAUUCAAGGGACUUGGAAUCUCCACGACGAGCUCGCAUCCAUUGGAGCAAGUGUCGACUUCUUUGUGCUUUUCAGCUCGCUCUCCGGGAUCAUCGGACAGCCCGGCCAAGCCAAUUACUCUAGUGCAAACACGUUUCUAGAUGCCUUCGUUGAUUAUCGGACACGCCUCGGACUUCCAGUCUCUGCAAUCAACCUUGGCAGCGUACACGAAAUUGGAUUUGUGGCCGAGAACGAAGAGACUCUCCGGAAAAUCACCGCCAUGGGUUUACACCGGAUUUCAGAGCAAAGCCUUCUUGAUGCAUUGGCACUCGCAAUCACAGUUGGGAAGCAGGAGGGAAAUCAGUCAUACCCCAACUUUGUCAAUCAUCGCAGUUUCGUGCUUGGUCUGGGCUCAACCGUUCCAAUUAACGCUGAUAACAAUGCCACAAUCUGGAAGGACUUGCGAAUGGCUGCCUACCACAACGACGCCGGUACCAACGUCGAAGUAACGGCAUCCAGUGACAAACUCAAGUCGUUCAUGAUGGCUGCGAAGACCGAUCCUUCAAUCAUAUCCUCACCUGAAACCAGCAGCUUCCUUGCCACUGAAAUCGGGAAGAAGUUGUUCGGUUUCCUCUUAAAGCCAGAGGAAGAAUUGAACACCCAGCUCUCUCUUUCCGAUUUGGGCAUGGACUCUCUGGUCGCGAUCGAGGUGCGAGCUUGGUGGAGACAGACCUUUGAAUUUGAUAUCACGGUAUUGGAAAUGUUGCAGAUGGGGACUCUGGACGCCCUGGGGAAGCACGCCGCUGAUAAGUUGCUGAAGGUCCUGGCGUAG